CCAUAUUGCAACCUGAUCAAGAUGUGGGCCAAACUUCGGAUCUUGAUACUUCAACUGACUCUCAUCUCUCUAUCUGGGGCCAUUGACUACAAGUUUAAUAUGGACGAGGACGGAAUUUUUGUUCCUUGCGAGGGUCAGCCUGGCAAUCCUACCAAUAUUGACGAAGCUUUAGACAUGUCCAAGCUGCACGUAUCCAACUCUAACGGCUUUCUUGAAGUAGGAGGUGAAGUCCCUGUCAUUUGGAAAGGUGUCCAACCUGGGGAUACCAUAACAUUAUUAGGACAAAUUUAUCGCAUGGAGCGAAACACUUGGCAGAAGGCGAUGUUCUCGGCUAGCAGUAGGAACUUUUGCAGGAACAUGUUCGAAAAGGGGCAGUACUGGCAUCAGUUCUGGACGAAGUACAUCAUCAACUCCGAUGAAAUCAAGAGCAAGUGCCUUAACACCCCAGGAGCAGUCAUUAAGAUGGAAAACUACCAGGUAGAAUUGCGGGCAAAUCUGAAUGUCCCAAGUAUGGAUGGUCGCUACAAGUUGGUCAUCAUGAUUGAGGCAUUCGAUAAGAGCCACACCAAGCGCCCAGUAUCCAUUUGCACCGAGAUCCGCGGCAACAUAGUAAGGGCCUAAGCUCUGCAAUUAUAUAUGCAUGCUUGACAUACAG